AUGCGCAUAGCAAUCUUUUUCAAUGUUGUCAUUGGAAUUGUUUUGAUCGUUUUCGGCUGCAAGGUGCAGAACCCACCGAAGGACUUUGCCCCCGUGAUGUUUGUGAUUUUAGGUACCCUGAAUCUUUUCGCAUCCCUCCUGGGCUUCUGGGGAAGCUAUCACAAGAAGCGCGUGUUGGUGGGAUUCCUAGCCUGCGGCGGCUUCUCGACUCUGCUUCAGGUUGGCCUCAUCCUGGCACUCCUUUUCGCCUUUGACUCGGUCGUGGAGAAGAUCGAGCCACGAUCCAAUAAAGCCAAGUACGAUCAGGUUGCAAAGCAGUUGAGCACUGCACGGUGGGUGGCACUCGGAUUCGUCAUUGUUGAGAUGUUUACCCUCACCAUGGCGGUGCUCCUGCGCUUCGUGAUCAAAGAGGAGCAGCCGUAUAAUAGUUUCGACCCGGAAUCGGCAGAACAGCGCACCAACACGCUGACCAGUUUGGCGCGCGACAUCGAGAAGUUUGCAAGUAAAUCAAAGACCAUGGGCGAGCGUGCGUAUGACAAGGUGCGUAGCAAAAUGGCGGCCAAGUACGGGAACUACUCCGCAGCUGACUCUGACUGGAAGAGCAAGGCCAAGGUCAGCUGGCGCACGUAACACAUGGCGGCAUCCGUAAUAACCGCAUGCCGCUUCAGCAGAUUGCAUGGAGUGAUAGGCGAGUCGUUGAGAUGGGUCCCUGGUCGAAUUUGUGGUAGCGCGAUUUUAGGUUGAGGCGCAUGUGGACUCCAUGGGGCUUGGGACCGCAGCAAUUGUUAAUCGCGCGCGCUGACAAGAGCGUUCGACUGUGGUUUGUGGGGUAAAGUAGUAAUAGCAAGCCAUGUGAGGCACCCUGGGAUGAUGAUGCUGUGCUAAGAUUCUCGGGUGGCCUGUGCGAAGGCGCGGGUCAGGCAGCUCCAAUCAGCAAUAUGGCCCGGGUGGUUUCGGUUUGGCUUCGGAUGAUAUUCGGUUCCCUCACCGUGCCUUGGAUUGGCGGGAGCGCUACCGACAUGUAUGUGUGAAGACAAAAAUUGCUGCCGGAAAGCAGUUUGGACAGCAAGGGAGGCGGAGUGCAUCGUAGCCGGGACGUACAGUGCUCGACCAGGGAUUUGUACAGCCCGUCUUUUUGCUUCGCCUGAAAAGUCAGAUGGGCUGCUGAACCCCGCUGUAUGGACAUUUCAAUGGCGUGCUGUUUACCAAGGGAUGGUCGUUGAAGGAUGUCAUGUCAUGUAGUGCAUGAUUUCGUGCUUCAUCAGCACAAGGGAUAAUAAACGCGAAUCUGAAGUGUGCCCUGACUGUGAGACACCCCUCUGACACCGGACGGGGUGUGGUCUUCCGGUUGCCGUGUGACAACGGUACAUCAAAUUGUAGGGCUGUCGUUCAUUGUAGCAUUAUGAACUCUACGUUUGUGCUUUUCUGUAUCUGUAUGACUGAUUCCUGAUCCCUGAGAGGACUCCUCGGGUGGGGAUAAGAUCCUGAAGCAAGGAAAACGAGCACAGGUCCGGGUAAUUUUUGUCAACUUGUAACUGUCUGACAUUGGA